AAACGCUUCAGAGGGCAAGAGUGAAUCUCAUAUUUUUUUGACAAGCAAAUAGACAAGGGUGUUACCUUAUCAUCGAGGACGAUUUCUACGAUCUUUGAUUUACCAAAAGGUGCAAGCAAAUCCAGACAUCAUAAUGGUAGCUGAAUCAGAGUCGUCGAAGUUUCGAAUGACACCAAGCUUAAAGAAGAAGCUAGGUGCAGUUUAUCGCCCAUAUUUUCUCGCAUUGUCAGUUCUUGGCAUCGGAAUUUGUAUUGGUUUGAUCGUAUGCGCUGCGAUACUGAAAGAUUUUGAUUCAAACCUUAAGGAUCAACUUUUCCAUAUCUGGGUCGCCAUUCCUAUUUUGCUGCCAGCUGUUGUUGGAAUCACAGUUUUCAUAACGAAAUCAAGAAAAUUGGUCAUCCUUUUCCUGAUCUGCUCCCUCACUGUGACCGUGCUCUGUGCUGCUGCUUCACUCUUGACUGGCAUCAGAUACUGGUUGGAUGGCUGGUACACCACUCGCGAAAGGCUUGAUGCUGGAAACAAGUGCUCGGUCCAGAAUAAUGCCUGCGCAUGCACUGGUGUUUUCAAAAUGCCCGUUUCGUUGAAGAAAUGCAGUGAGGUUGAAACCGCCGCAAAUGUCCUUGUUGGUGAAAUUGUGCUCACUGCACUAGGCCUUAUUAUCAACAUCAUGGGUGUCUAUCUUGGAUUUAUGUCCAUCUGCUGUGGUCCCUGGAAGUUUUUAGACAACUACGACCCUGAAAAUGAUAUUGACAAAAGAACAGUCCAAUUCAAAUUGGGCCGAAACCGCCCAUCAACGGCCGGAAACACCAACCGUGGAUUCAAAGAGUAAGCAAUAAGAAGACAGAUAAUGGCCAAGAACAGGUUUUAGCAAUUUCAGCUAUUUUGUAUUUGACAAUCGUCGUUUUGUUUUAUCAUUUAAUCUAUCUUUGACCAAUAUCACUUAUAUACGAAGUGAUAAUUCAUGCAAUCUAAAAUUUGUACGAUUUCAUAAUACUUGGUCAGUUUAUAAAUUCAUUAAGUAGAUGUGUAAAAAUAAUAACUUUUAAAGCUUUCAUAUAGACGUUUCUGGCUCAACCAAUUUUUGUAAUUAAACGAAAGCCUCUAGACAUGAAAAAUGGAAGAGUGUCGAAGAAAGGAUUU